AUGUCUUCAGAGGUUCCCACGAUCGACAUUUCCGCCUUUCUUGAUUCCUGCAGCUCUCAAGCCGCUAAAAGCAAAGUCGUCGACGAGGUCAAAGCAGCUUGUUCACAAUAUGGCUUCCUUCAAAUCGCCGGUCACGGUGUACCAGUGGAAUCACAGCGCGAAAUAUUGAGAUGCUGUAAAACUUUGUUCGAUCUUCCCGUCGAGUCCAAGGAAGCACUGUCGCUGAAAAACAGUCCUUCGCGUCAUGGCUACGAAGGGUUAAAACAGCAGGUACUCGACAAGACUGCGCUUCCAGACGACAAGGAAGGCUUUUAUAUCGGGAGAGAGGAGCCGGAGGAAAAGGGCUUCAGACAGGGACCAAAUCAGUGGCCAGACCUUCCAAUUGACAUGUUCCGCGGUCCAGUAGAAGCAUACUACAAUAGUAUGCUUCAACUUGCAAGCAAGCUCCUGGAGAUCAUCGCUCUCGGCCUUGCUGUUCCGAUCGAAAAUCUUGCCUCUUUUACUCGUGAACCGGCUUGUAACCUAAAGCUACUCCACUAUCCACCUCAUCUCUCCAAAGACAGWCGUCAAGCAGGAGCAGGCGCCCACACGGACUUUGGCACUUUGACUAUCCUCCUCCAGCAACCGGACAAGCAUGGUCUCCAGGUCCACCACCAGGGCGAAUGGCUUGACGUGCCAGCACGGGAGGAUAUUUUCGUCAUCAAUGUCGGCGAUCUCCUUGGGAAAUGGUCGGGAGGCGUGUAUAAGUCCACCCUCCAUCGGGUGAUCAAUGCAAGUGGCUCAGAUCGUUAUAGCGUUCCAUGCUUUUACGAGGGAGACUACACCGCCACAAAUCCCUUCGAUCCCUCGCAGAAGGGCGGCGAGACCGUCGAGGACCACAUCAAGAAGAAGUUCAAUGUCUCGUACGGCUUGUAG